AUGUCCCGCCCACCCGUACGCCGCGCCCAGCGCGCCCACCACUCCUCCACGCCGCCUCCCCAGCCUUCCUUUUCGAUCCCACCAUCGGACCAGCCGCCAUUCGAACACCAGCCGCGCUCAGACCCGCCGACGUACGUCUCCUCGCGGGCGGCGUACCCGACCUUCCUCUCCGCGCAGGACACGGCGCGGCUGCACCUCUCGUGCGCCGGCCGCGGGCUGCUCGACGCGUGCCGGUGGGACACCGUCGUGCGCGUCGUCGCGAGCGACCCGGAGGUGCGCUCGCACGUGCUCAAGAGCCUCGCCCUCAACACCGUCUCGCUCCUCUCGGUGUACUUCUUCGACUGGCUCGUGCUCCCGCUCGCGCGCGGGCAGCAGCGGUGGUUCCACCGCAACCUCGGGUGGUUCUACCAGGUGCUGUGGCUCCUCCCCGUCGUGGGCGCGUCGUUUUACUUGAACAGCUCCUGGUGCACGCUCAUCGCCAAGCGCACCUUCACCCUCCAGCACGGCGCGCGCGCGGCCGCGCAGCCGCCGGGGACGUACAGCGGCGUGCUGAACGCGCUCGCGACGUCCGCGUACCGCGCGGUGAUGAUCGGCACCUCCGUCGUGCUCUCCGUCGCGCUCGAGCACGUCCCGUUCGUCGGGCCCCCGCUCGGGUUCACCUUCCUCUGCUGGGUCGACGCAUAUUAUUGCUUCGAGUUCAUCUGGAUCGCCCGCGGCCUGUCGCUCUCCCGCCGAGUGCGCCACCUCGAGGAGCGGUGGGCGUACUACUUCGCGUUCGGCCUGCCCUCCGCGGCUCUGUGCAUGUGGGGCAGCAGCCUCGCCAACGCGGCGCUCUUCGCGCUCCUCUUCCCCUCCUACAUCAUCAUGGCGAUGCACGCCCGCCCCGCCCCGCGCGACCCGUACAACCCCGCGGCGGCGGCGGACGACGGCGGGGUGCGCUACCCGUCCCCGCUCUUCCCGAUCCGCAUCCCCGUGUUCGCCCCGGUGCUGUUCCUCAACGACGCCGUCGUGCGCGUGCUCAGCGUCGGCACCGGGGGCCGCGCCUCCGCCUCCGCCUCCGCAGCGUACACCUACGGGGGCGGGAGCGGGGACGGGGGCGGGCACCGGCGCAUGUUCAGCGACGGGGCGGAGAGCAUCGAAGAGGGCACGGCGCUCAGCGAGGUGGGCGACCGGGGCGGCGCCGGGAGGCUGGGAGGGCCGGCGAGCAGGGUGCGGGUGCGGGGCCCGCAGUCGGUCGUGAGCGCGGCGGGGAGCUCGAGGGCGGGGAGGAAGUUUGACUAG